AUGGACCUUCUGCAUGUGAGCGCACAUGGCUGCUUCCAGGAGAACAUUACCUAUGGGCUCUACGGACCAUUCACUGUGCGAUGCUGUGGCUGCGGCUGCUGCUGCUGCCCCUGCUGUGGGAAGAUGAGUGGGGGACUGGGAAGAGGACUGGCGGGGCAGGACCAAGCUACCUCUCAUUUCUUUACAGGGUUCCUGGCUCAAGAUCCAAGACACUGGCUGACAGUGCCCAAGUUUGUGACAGUGGAGGAGGGCCUGUGUGACCAUGUGGCCUGCAGUUUCUCCUAUCCCUCUAGGUACUAUUCUUGAGCUGCCUUUGGCUCCUGGUUCCAAGAAGGGGCCAAUCUACAUGAAGACUCUCCAGUGGCCACAAAUGACCCCAGACGAAUGAAGAAUGAAAUACAGGGCCGAUUCCAUCUCCUUGGGGAUCCACAGAAAUGUGACUGUUCCCUGCUCAUCAGAGAUGCCAAGAAAAGUGACAUGGGAAUGUACUUCUUUGGAGUAAUUGAAGAACCUUUUGUAAGAUAUAAUUACAGAGAAAGCCAGCUGUCACUUCAUGUAGCCCAUAACUCUAACACAGACCCUGACAUCAUGAUCCCGGGAAAGCUGGAGGCUGGCCAUCCUAGCAACCUGACCUGCUCUGUGCCCUGGGCCUGUGAGCAGGGACCUCCCACCUUCUCCUGGAUGUCAGCUGCCCUCAUCUCCUUGAGCACCAGGACCACAAACACCUCCGUUCUGACUCUCACACCUCAGCCUCAGGAUUGUGGCACCAAUCUCACCUGUCUGGUGACCUUCUCUGGAGCAGAUGUCACUGUGGAAGGGACCAUCCAGCUCCAUGGUACUUGGAAAUCAGGGCAGAUGGCAGAGGUGGUCCUGGUGGUGGUGGGGGAGGCAUCUGUCAAGCUUCUUGGGCUCUGUCUCACACUUCUCAGUGUGAUGUUCUGCAGAAAGAAGACAGCAAGGCUGUCACUGCAUGUGGACUAUGAAGACCCCAUCAAGACUCAUCAGCAGGACUCCAAGAUACACAGCCACCCUGAGAACCCAAGACCCUUACAGGGGGACUCACCUUAGGAACAUAGCAGUAUUUGAACUAUGACUCCCUUGGGUUUCAUGGGGGUAAGGCCUCAGGAGAACUCAGAGAUCCAAACCUACUAA